AUGAAAGCUCGAGUAAAUCAACAAACUGAUCAAGUGAAGAUCAAUAUCAUUUCAUCUCCUCACGAUUUCAGUCAUCUUGAAGAAGAACUUUGUCUUCUUAUACAAGCACCAAUUCACCAAAAUAUAGCUAAAUCACUUUGUGACAUAUUGGAGAAAGUUGAUAAUGGCAUACUUCACGGAAAAUUGGCUAUUAUGGUUGUCGAUGGUUCGAUUCCUCUUGGCGAUGAUCCGGCAAAAGCAUCAGAUGAAUUCAAACGACGUGGUAUUGUUUUAAUUGUUGUUGCUAAGGGUAGACCUCGUUAUGAUAUUUCGUAUUUUUAUAAUAAUUUAGCUCGUAAUACGGGUGGUGAAUAUAUAUUAUUGGAAGAUGUAUCACGUAUAUGCUCAAGUGUUAUCGAUUCAUCAAUUGUUAGAGUAGAUGCAGAUCUUUGUAUGGAUUUAGCAUAUAUGUCAACUACGACAAGUGUUAUUGAUAAUACCGAUGAUCAAAAUGAAAUAACAGACGGUGUUGGAGAUUUGGCUUUUGAUCAUGAUUUUAUAUUAAUGUUACAAAUGUUAUUAUUUUUUUUUAUUGACAGUCGUUUAGUAUGA